UUACUUUUGCGGCAAGUGCGAUGCUCGAGAGGAUUUUCGGAAGCGUGCGUUACAGCCGAGACUCGAUUGGGUGCGCGCGAUCCGGUGCCGUCGAGUAAUCGGCUGCGACGGCCUUCCGAGUUAUUCGAAAUACGCUACGUCUCAGCAGGGGGGGCUCCGUUGGUAAAUCCCGUCGAGUGUUUUCUGUUUUGCUCGAGUUAACGGUGUAAGUAACCCACAGCUCGCAAACAUGCGCAACGUCAAGGCAGCAUGAUUUCAGAUAAAAUAGCAGCAGCGUUGUUAUCGCGAUGUGGAUUCAUUACCUCCUACUGGCAUCAGCGUCACAAUUGGUAUAUGCGCUUGGCAGUGCGCGUGCACCGAUAGCCGUUCUAGGUGGGUUUUUCGAGGAGAACGCGUUCAUGCGCCGCUCGUUCUUGCUGGCAGUGAACACGGUGAACGAGUGCACGCGCGACUAUGAGAUCUGCGAGCUCAUCCACAACACUGGCGACGACGUCGACCUAAACCGCUACCAUAAAGUUCAAAUCAUAGCGAAGGCGGCCGAAGUCGACGACGACUUGAUUUACAUCUACAAAAAGUUCGGUCAAAUGGCAGGCGCCAAUGGUUCUUUGUCGGGAGACGAGGGACUCGGCUUGUCCUCGGUGAUAGGACCCCACGAGCGCACCGCAUCGGUCUACACGCAAGGGCUGUGCGCGCUGCACGACAUACCGCACAUUGUCAUCAGGCGCGAGAGCAGGCCGACGCCCGGUCCCGUGAAACCGAUCAAUCUCUACCCGGACACCAACGCGCUCGCCGCCGUAUACGCGCAGAUGAUCAAGAGGAUGAAGUGGGAGUCUUUCUCGAUAUUGUACGAGGACACGGACGGCCUGAUAGCUCUCCAGGACGUCCUGAAAAUUUAUCCGAUGGUGCCGCCGUACACCCACGACAUUCGAGCUUUUAAAUUGGGCAGUGGGCCAAAUUUCAGCGAGCCACUUUUGACUGCCAAGUAUUCCGGUCACAAAAAUUUUCUUCUGGACUGCGAUUACGAUAUCCUUUUCGACGUAAUGAGACAGGCGCAAGAAGUCGGCUUAAUGUCUGAAGCGUACAAGUACAUCAUUACUUCCUUGAACUUUCAAGCAACAAAUUUAUGGGCAUUCCAACACACCGGCGCCAACAUCAGUGGUUUGCGAUUAGUCGAUCCGGACGAUCCAUUCGUCUCGAGCUUCGUCGGCACGCAUUUGUACGACUUCGGAAUAGAGUCGGUGGACAAACUACGGGUCGAGGACGCUCUGAUGUUCGACGCCGUAGCGCUGUUUGCACAGGGCUACAAAGACUUGGCCUACGCCAAUCCGAACGGGCGCCGCGGCGCCAAGUUGCCCAAGGAUUACAGUCAGGCUCGUCCUUGGCCAGAGGGACUCAGUCUUCGGAAUUACAUCCUGUCCAGCAAGUUGAACGGCUUGACCGGGCCGCUGAUGUUCGACGCGGAUGGACUGCGCAGGAAUUUCAAGCUCGACGUGUUGAAUCUCCAUCACACUGGCUUGGCGAAGGUCGGCACCUGGCAUCCCGAUCGAGGCUUCGACGAGUUGAAUCUCGUCAAUGAAGUCGCAUUGGAACACUUCAAAGUUCUCAUCACCAUGAAUGCACCGUACGCACAGAAGGUGAAUCGUUCGGGAAGUUUGACGGGUAACGAUCGUUACGAAGGCUUCGUUAUUGACAUUAUCAAGGCCAUCGCCAAAGAGCUGAAUUUCAACUACACGUUUUACGUGCAAGCGGACUCGGAUAAUGGAAGCUGCAAAAAAGACAACAGUACAAAGCAAUGUUCCUGUACCGGCAUGAUGGGUAAAAUUUUAAGAGAUGAAAUGGACAUGGCGAUAACGGACUUGACGAUCACGGAAAAUCGCGCGCAGUGCAUUCAGUUCUCAACGACAUUCAUGAAUUUAGGCAUGAGCAUUCUCUACAAAAAGCCGCAGAAAGCCAAACCGAAGUGGUACUCGUUCUUUAUGCCAUUCAACAGAAGCGUAUGGAUGUAUCUAGCCUUGGUCUGGAUUACGGUCUCUUUGUUGUUUUAUAUUUUUGGCCGUCUCAGUCCACCCGAAUGGACAAACCCAUAUCCCUGCAUUGACGAACCUACAGAGCUGGAGAAUCAAUUUCAAAUUGACAAUGCUAUCUGGUUCACCAUCGGUACCCUCUUGCAGCAGGGUACCGAGCAUGCGCCGAUAGGGAUGUCGACGAGAUGUUUAGCAGGAUGGUGGUGGUUUUUCUGUUUGAUCAUCACAAAUACAUAUACCGCCAACUUGGCUGCUUUCCUGACAAUUGAAAAACCUGAAGUGAUAGUUCGAGAUAUACGAGAUCUGUACGAUCAAACGACAAUCAAGUAUGGAGCAAAAAAAGGCGGCGCCACAUUUAAGUAUUUCGAGAGCGCUACCGAUCCUCAGACGAAUGCAAUGUACCAGAAUAUGAUAGACCCGGAAUGGUGGAAAAAAUGGAUGGUGGAUACAAAUGAUCAAGGAAUCGCGCUGGUAGCGGGCGAAGAAAACAAUUAUGCUUUCUUCACGGAAUCACCGACCAUCGAAUACGUGCAACAUAGAAUAUGUAAUCUUGAGCAAGCGGGCGGUUUGAUCGAUCAAAAAGCUUAUGCCAUCGGUUUCGCUACGAAUUUCAAGUAUGCCCUGGAAGUCAACGAAGUCAUGUCCAAACUCAAUGAGAACUCGGUGGUCAAGAAUUUGUACAAAAAGUGGUGGACGGAGAAAGGCGCUGUUUGCACGGAUAGUAGCUCGAACCUACCCACACCCAUGACUUUGACCCAAUUGGUUGGUGUUUUCUACGUAUUAGGAGGCGGUUUUCUCGUGUCCUUUGCAGUCUUGUCUUUGGAGUUUGCUCUCAAUGUUUAUUCCGUUUCGAAAUCAAAGAAGAUCGCCUUCAAAGAGACUUUUUCGAAAGAGGUCGAGUUCAUAAAAGGAAUGAAAUCGAUCAAGCCGGUAUUGAGACGAAAAUCAUCAGCGGACAAUUACUCGGGCGAUUUGAUGAUGACCUCGCAGACUUGAACGUAUUCGCGAAAUGUACACUUACAGAUUUUUUUCUUACUUUUGAGGUUAUACUUUAUUUUAUACGAAAUUGUAAAUCGCAUAUUUUUCUAUCCGAAAGCAAUUGUUUGCAGACGGGACAUCAAUUGCUCGUUAUCUUUGCAAGUGUAUCAAGAAUAAUACAGAAAUACCUUCGUACGCUUGUGCGCCGUAACCUGGAUAGUAUGGCCGCGCCGUUUCCAGUGGCCGCUUUUUGGCAUAACCGCUUAAACGGUUGUUUUGUAAAUUCCUCGCAACCCAGCGAUGUAUUUUAAGUAAUUUCGAGAUAUUUCGUUGGUUUUCGCAAAAGCUCGUAAAGCUCGAGGAAACGAGCAAAUCGAGCCGAGCUUUUGCAAAAGCCUAUUAAUCGGACUUGAGCUUCAGAGAAAAAGAUUAAUCGUGUACACGAGAGCAGCAAUACACAGGGAAGUGUGAUACGAGAAAUAAAAGAUGAAUUGUAGAUAAGCGGGAAGGUGAUAGGUAGGAAGCGAAAAAUCGUGAGAAAAACCGACAGUUUCUACAAGCGGAAAAACGAGAGCGAGGUAUCUGAGGUUGGAUACAUCUGACAAUGACACAUCGCAUCAACCAAAAGGAAUCACCAAGAAUAACGUAAUAAGAUAUUUUAAGCACUCAAGUUCAUUCAUCCAACGAGAUGAAUACGUUUUAUAGAUUUCUUUUUUAUUUUUACAAUAUAAAAGCAGUUAAUAACAGGCUGUAAUUAUAACCAUCAGCCUAUAGAAUUUUCUUUCGUUUGUAGGAAUCGUAUUGUAAAAAUGCGUACGUAUGAAACUUACGUAAAUGUUAUUUAAAAACACAACUUAAUGGCAAAUAGCAUAAUAAAAUACGGUCAUAAAAAUGACAUUGACGUUUCGUCAUAGCAGUUGUUAUACAUUCUUUACCACACUUGAAUCGCUGAAUGCAUUUUUCGUAAUUUCACAAAUAUCAGAGUUUUUUUUGGCUUACUCAACUAUAUUAUUGAAAAAUAGUUGAAUAGGAUAAAAUGUACUACGUAGUGUGAAAGCUCGGCUCGGCUCGGUUUGAGGUCAAGGGCCAAAG